AUGAAAAGGAAAAGGAGCCAAGAAACGGUGAUCAAACCUCACCCUUCUUCUCCUUAUGCAAGUCCGAUUUCGAUUUCGAUUUCGAAUUCGAGCGAGGAGAGACGAGUCUUAGAUCAAUCAAAGAGUUUACUGGAAUCGUUGAUGGAACACAACUUUGAGAAGAUCAAGGACGAGAUUGUCCACACAAUUACAUCAUUCCCCUCCGCUUUCGUUAUCAAGUCUCUGGUGUGUUGCAUUUUCGACAUGGUAAUAACGGUGGACAAUGCCUAUGUCUUACUCGCUCGUCUCUCCCUUGUGCUAUUCCACGCGCUUCCCCCUUUUCUAUCAGACGAUUCUCACGUUACCACUUUUAAGCUCCUCUUGCUGUGCAAAUGCCGAAUGUCUCUCCAAAAUUCACCUCCUGGUUUUGUUGAGGAUUCAAACUGUUUGAGAUUCAUCAAGACCCUUCGGGUUUUGGCUGAUGCUUUCAAGAAUGGGAUUGUCGACGAGACAACUCGGGCAAGUGCAGUUCAGGAGGACCCAGCCAGGCUUGGAAAGGAAGCACAACAAGAUACAUUGCACUUACAAGGAAGGAGGAUGAAGAAAGCAAAGCUUCAUCAACUGGAAACUCUUCAACAUGAUAAUGAGAAAUUGCGUUUCAAGGCUGACAAGUUGGAGGGCAAGUACAAGGUCGAGCUGCGUCUCAGAAAACAAUCAGAAUCUGCGCUGGACAAAAAAGGCAAAGAGUUGGAGGAGAUGAAGCAACGGCUUGAAACUUGCAAAACAGAACAAGAGAAGCUCAACUCGCAAGUCAGGGCUUGGCAGGACAAGUUGAAGAGCAAGCACAAGAUGGAGUUGGUUCUCAGGAAAUCUCUUGAUAAAGAAAAACAGGAGCUUGAGAUAGUCAAAGGGCUACUCGAAUCUUCCAACAAAGAAACAGAUGCGAUGCGACAAGAGAGGGACAAAGCUCUCAUAUUAGUCCAAGAGCUCAGAAGAAGGCAAAAAGAAGAGCGUCAACCUCUAGAAUCGUUUUUCUGUCCUAUCACACAGGAGGUCAUGGAAGAUCCACACUUGACAGCCGAUGGAUUCACGUACGAAGCCGAAGCUAUUAGGGAAUGGUUUAGCAAAGGUCACGAUACCUCGCCCAUGACAAAUCUCAAGCUUCCUCAUCUCAACCUUGUCCCCAACCGUACUCUCCGGUCUGCGAUUCACGACUUCCUUUGA